UCUCCCACCCUGCCAGAUUUCCCCGCACCCGUGAAGCAUGAGGACGCUGCCGAUGAAAGAGAGCGCUUGUAUCGGCAGAGCCGUUCCUACGUUGAGAUGAACCAGCAGCUGCAGGAGUCCUGCCAGCUGCUGAAGGAGAAAUGUGAGGAGCUGAGACGGGUGGGAGCGACUUUGGAGCAGGAUAUCUUGGAAAUGAGGCAAAAAGCUUUCUGAGACCCCUCGCCUCCCUUGAACAGCUGAGGCAGCUGGGAGCACGGACUCAUACUUGAUUUGAAAAGCUAACGCAGGUCCUUGGCACUCGAGACUCCUCUGCUCUCAUCGCAGAGGGCUUUGGUGUGGGCCAGCCUGCAACAGGCGCCCUGAGGGCGUCCCUUGAGACUGUGUUUGCAUAUUCCUAAGUCACUGAAAGCUACUACAGAAGCAGCAUCAUUUGUGUUUGAUUUACUAGAACUGACAUUGCUGCUUCUUCCCUGUGACCCCAGAGGCCCUGCAGGCUGUGCGAAUGCGGCUUCGCUGGCUUGUCUUGCCUCAUCGGGCCUGCGAGGGGCCACAGAAUCGUUUCUGAAGCUAAGGGCUGUGCCGCGUUGGCAGCCUGACCUCUCCCCGGGGAGUGGUAGUGAUCUCGCUGCUCAUGCCAGGGAGGGAUCCUGGGAGCUGGCCCUUGGAUCCGUCAUGAGGACGCAGUAGCAGGUUCCUAGCAGGAAGACUGGCUCAGCCCGGGUGCAGGAGGCCACGCUCGGAGCUUGUUUGCUUUGUUGUUUCUGUGAACUCAGUGCCAUUGCCCUUUGGUAAGUGGCAUGUCUGCGUCCUCGCACCACCGGUUCACCUAUGACUUCUCCAUCUGGUACUGCCCUGAGGACGACAGCAUCGCCUCAGACAUCUUGGCAGCCUUGAAGCGAGAGGGGUUUCAGGGCUAUGCAGAGCAUCAGGACCAAGUGGCGGGGACGUCCAUCGUCCUGACAGCCACCAAGGUCAUUCAGGCCAGCCGAGUUGCCAUCCUCCUCCUGUCCGCCAGGUCCCUGGGUGACCCUUGGUGCCAGCGUGUCUCUGAGUGGAACCUGCAUCACAGCAUUCAUGAGAGUGGGACUAAGAUCAUCCCUGUUUGUGUGGGCAUAAAGAAAGAUGAAGUGCCCAUGUUUCUACAGCACCUUAAUGAACUGGAAUAUGAAAAUGUCUUCUUCCACAAGAGGCUUGUGGACAGCCUGAGAAAACCUCAGCCAGGGGCAAGGAAAACACGGUGUGCGUGUUCCUCCAGAGCAGCCCAAGCAAAGAGCUGAGAGAGCUACGUGUGGCCGGGGACAGUGAUGGGCUGGUGGUUCCUUGCCAAAGCAGGAGUUGGGGGCUGGAGGUCGGUGUUGGGUUUUGAGGCCUGUUCCGUGCCUGGGCUUUGCUUGGCCGUUCCCACAGUGACGGCAGCAGCAGCGGUGGGAGUGGAGUUGUGUUAUCUGCUAAUAAAGAUGUUGGUGGUGGGAA